AUGCCAAAGUUUGAGAAUGUGCCGGAAUUGAGCUUUCUGCGCCAUCAGUCUGCUUGGCAAGAAGAUGUGCGGGGUUUCCGCUUGCAACCCAGGCAGUUGCCACCAAAGCCAUAUGAGCUACAGGUUGUUGAGACUGUGAACUUGGGUGACUACGUGCUUCAAAAAUGUCCCGAGCCGGCCAAAAUGACCAAGGUGAUCGAUGAGUUGGUGACUUCAAGAGCCCCACCAAUUCCGGGCAGAAUCCCGACCACAUUGAUUCCCACCGAGAAUGAAAGCAGCUUUUGGCUGGCCUUAGACCGCUUCGACUAUUCAAAGGAUUCAAAGAACGGAUUCUAUCCAUCGAAUCAACAGUUUCUUGCAGUGCUGCCGGAGAUAUUGAAGUAUGGGUACAAGCCAUCUUAUGGGGCAGUGAUUGUGAAAUUCCCACAUCGUGCCAGGGAUGGCAGUCGCUGUAUUUCCUCACAUUCAGUGGGAAUUGUCGAUGGUUUCGCCAAAAUCUUGGCGAUGCUGGGCAUUCUGAUCAUCAUCAAAGAGCUGGAACUGGAGGAGAGCGAAUUGAAUGACCCAACUUUGAAGAACCCUUUGGACAUGGUGGCGGACCUGGGAAAAGCGCUGGAAUUGGAGAGAAAAAUGAGCACCAGAGGAGCGAGAAUGCCACUAAAAGACGCAUUGAAUCGAGUGAUUGCUGAUUACAACAAGUUGGUCACGCUGAAACGACACCGAGUGGACAGCGCACGACGCGCUAUGUGCUACAACUUGAUGCGUUGUCCAGAGGAAGCAUUGGCAUUGCUUCAUCACCAUUACGAUUGCUACAAGCACGAAGUUUCAGGGUGCAAGAUGAUUUCUGAAGAGAUCAUGGUUUUGACACCGGAGACUGUGCUCCUCUACUUCAACCGUGCCACAGGGGAUUUUGUGAGGAAGGCAUCCAAAGAAGCAACUCGAAGCGCCAAGAAAAUGGCGCAGCUUGAUCCUGAGCAGCAAGUCCUCUUACAUGAUGUUUGCGUGCUGUGGCUUUGGGUGAAGAAACACAUGGAACGCAAGUUCACUGGCGAAAUCGUUCGGCAACAUGAGGAGCUCUUUCGUGAUGGGUUCCUGGAUAAUGAUCUUCAAGGAGUGCUCAAAGCCAAAACAGACUUUGAGGUUGACCGCAUCCCGUUUAUGCUGGAGGCAGCGGGAAAGUCCAUGGACAACUUUGUCGCGGAGCAUCAGGACAGGUCAAGGAAUGCACUUCAAAAGAGCAUGGAGGCAGCAUAUGGAGCUUUUUUGGAAGAACUUCGGGCGGAUCAGGAGCUCCACACACGAGCCUGGAAAUCCGUGCAGGACUUCAUGCAAGAGAACUGCUCCAUCUUUGCAGCGUCCAAGCCCACAGAAGCAGAGUCGACCAUCAUGCCAAGCUGCCGAUCCUGGUUGAAAGAACGGGCCAUGGAGAUAGGCACAGCAUCUGACGACCACACAGUGGCAAUUUUCAUGAACAUGCCAGCCAUCGGUGUGCUGUCAGCAAUCCGGAUGAGUUUUACAUUGACCCUGAUUACGAACAUCUUAUCGGAUUUCCCGGUCAAUGGGGUCGCUUUUCUCGUCUUCCCGAACCGCUCUGCACAAGAUGGCAGGAAAAAUGAGACCAAGGAAGAUGAGGAUCAUGACACGAAGGUGAAGGUGAAAGCGGAUGAAUCCGACACUGAAAUGGAUGGCGCAGACAGAACCGAUGCCGAAGCAGUUGAGGAGAGUGUGUAUGGGAAAAGGGAUGGCGUUGUCCAUGGCCUGGUGAUCACGCAUCGCGAUGAUCGGAAUGUGAUCCGGAAUACGCAAGGAUGGAAAACUGGCGUCGUUUUGGGGAUCCGAAUGCUCCCACGACAUGAGAUGUGGAAACCGGAGGCAGCGUCUCCGGGCAGAGGGCUCCCUCACCUUGGACGGGCCAUGACCAUGGUGCAGGAACUCAAGCAAGUGUGUGGCGGGACGGAUUUCAUUAGAACAACCCUGGCCAGCUUCAAGGUGGCAACAUCAAAGAGUACAUUGCUGGUUGAUGCGGCAGGGUACGACGCGUGGCCAGCCCUGGCUGGCUUGCAGGAUGUUUGCGAUUCCAAACCGUGUCUUUCCGCGACGAUUUGCUUCGGUCACAGCGGACAAGAGCUGUUGAACCGCAUCGGCAAUGAGGUGUACUCGGCUGCCAGAGACAAACAUCUGCAAAUCCCCAACUUUCCAGACUUUGCACCUGUGAUUGCUGCGCUCAAGCGUGGGCCGCCGCAAGAAACUUCCAAGAGCUACCGCGUGUCUUGCCAACAAGGCUCAAACCUUUUGGUGCUUGAAAGCUAUGCAAAGAAGUGGCUCAACUACGAGCACACAGCUGAUCGCGCAAAAAUGCUGAUUGACGAGCACAACAAGGAGUUCAAUUCCACGGAGUCCUUCUUGCUUGCAGAGAGGACUUCUUUUUCGAUGCAGUUCGGUUGGGCCAAGCUUAUAUUCAUUAGUCAGUAA